GUCAAAUGCACCGGGGGGCCCGAGCCAUGUGAGAACUGCCGUCGACUCAGACUCGGCUGUACAUUCAAUUACUCGGAGAUCAACCUGUCACCAGAGGUCCCGAAUCCACAAGGACUCUCGGCCCCGGCAGACACUUUGACCGAAGCCGGGACCAAACGCCGCCGUAUCGCGGCUGCAUGCACGGAGUGCCGCGUCCAGAAAGCCAAGUGCUCCGGUCACCGCCCGCAAUGCUUCCACUGCAACCGAAGGAACCUAUCAUGUGUAUACCCAUUAUCGGCAUCAAGGCGCAAGAGUCGACAUGUUAGUGGACACCAGCAACAGUCUGCUUCUCCAGAAUCGAGCAGCACUUUCAGCCAGAGCGCCUCCUACGAGGCAGAAUCUACACUUCACCAGCAGUAUGGCGUCGGCAGGGUGUCUCUGAACACGGCCCUAGACCACGCGCUCCUCAGUACGGACGUGAUCCGUCAGCAUCUUGAGGCCUACUUCGACCACGUUUAUCCAAUAGGUCACGACUUCUUCCAUCGGCCAUCCGUAAUGGAAGAGUUUUACGCCGGGAAGCUUUCGCCAAUACUCUGCACAUCAAUAUGCGCAACCGCAGCAAUGUUCGUCUCCCGCUCACGCGAGUCUCGAGUCCUGUCCGUUCAGUGGGCCAAAGAAGUAGACGCCUACAUCUUUGGCAACCUCAACGUUUUCAAAGUGCUUAACAUUCAGCUGCUAAUCCUCUCCAUGUUUCAAAACUUCGCCUACAGGCAGUUUGGCAAGAUGUGGCUGCUCAUCAGCAUGGCCGCGAGGUUAGCAGUGUCAUUUCAGCUCAACGACGAGAAACCGGCGUCUGAUAACGAGACCACAGCUGCACUCAUCAAGCGCGAGUGCGAGCGGCGUCUGGUGUGGCAUGUAUGGAGCAUGGACAAGAUGCUCUCGGCAGGUCUGGAUGAGUUUACCUCGUUGCCGGAUCGGUGGAUGAGGACUUCAUUGCCAAAUUCGGAGCAUGCUUUCUGUCAUGGGCUGAUGAAGCCGACGGGCAGGCUUAGUGAUGGGGUGGAAGCGCUUGCAUCUCAUGAAGCUGGGCCCAAUGCCUACUUGAUAAUGCUCUUACCGCUUCGCUACAGUCACUCAGACCACUCCCCAGCCGCAGUCUCCAAAGCAGUCACAACCAUGAUAGAACUACGAGAUCGACUAGGUCUCUUCCUCAAGAACACACCAAAACACCUUCAACUCAGCGAACUCAACAUGUUUUCCCACUCGACCACAUCAGAGUUCUCGUCCUACCUGACACUCAACUCAUGGUACCUCCAAUGUGCAUGCGAUCUCUUCCGCGUCGCACUCCCAGCCGCGUAUAGGGAGAGCGCAUCACCGAAAUUCCUCGCGAGCGCCCCGCCAGACUUUGUAUCCGAGUGGCGCGCUCUCGCGGUGUCACACGCUCUCCGACAGGCGAGAUUGUGGGAG